UUAAAACACUUAUUAUUUCGUAAAUAUACUAGCACUGCUCUAUAAAUAACCAAGUCAACUUCAACACCAGUUGUUUGUAUGCACACAAAAAAGCCAUUCUGCCUACAUGUAAUUUUUCAUUUACAUACACUACAGUUCUACUGAAUAGUUGAAUGGCGGAAUGUUCUACCAAAACAUUCGUCCGAAAACGGUAAGGAACGGAGCCCCAACAAGGAUACUUAAAAUAUCGCAGCGCCCAGCACCUACACGCCUUGUUUGUGCAAAGAGGGAAGGCAUCUGCCGGGGAAAGUCGGGGUGGGAGCAAAACUGCAGAACUGGGGGGGUUGGGGGGGUUCGGCGGAUCGAGACACGAACACUCGCCCGGCUCGAGGACGCGUAUGUCGGCUAAAGUGCUCGAGCGGACUCUCGGCCUUUUUGGGAUGCGGACAUGGACGAGUAGAAACUUCUAGGAAGUGCGGUUUGCAUGAACUGGAGGAUAAAAUGCGGAGACACGCCGUCGAAGAAGAAAAUCAGUGGGUCCUUCAAUCAACAUGAACACCAGUAGCAACUGCACCCCAUUGGGGAGCGGUGGCGGGCUGGCUGCUCUGGAGUCGGUCUCCAUUGUGAGCAUCACCCUGCUGGCCUGCCUGGCCAACCUCCUGAUCGUGGUCACAUUGUACCGCCGACCCUACCUCCUGACACCCAGCAACAAGUUUGUGUUCAGCCUGACUCUGUCCAACCUGCUGCUGUCGGCCCUGGUCCUGCCCUUUGUGGCCGUCAGCUCCGUCAAGAGGGAGUGGGUGUUCGGCGUGGUGUGGUGCAACUUCACCGCCCUGCUCUACCUGCUCAUCAGCUCAGCCAGCAUACUCACACUGGGAGCCAUCGCCAUCGACCGGUACUACGCAGUGCUCUACCCGAUGAUCUACCCCAUGAAGAUCACGGGGAACCGGGCCGUGGUGGUCAUCGCCUACGUGUGGUUGCACUCCCUGGUGGGCUGCGUGCCCCCUCUGUUCGGUUGGUCUUCCUUUGAGUUUGACUGUUUCAAGUGGACCUGCGUAGCGUCUUGGCACCGCGAACCGGCCUACACAGCCUUCUGGGUUGUCUGGUGCAUCCUGCCGCCCUUCCUGGUCAUGCUGGCGUGCUACGGCGUCAUUUUCCGCGUGGCUCGCAUCAAAGCCCGCAAGGUGCACUGCGGCACGGUGGUUGUAUCCCAGGAGGACGGCGGCGGCAGUGGCUCGCAAAGGAACGGACGCAAGAAUUCGAGCACGUCCACGUCGUCCAGCGGGAGCCGGCGAAGCUUGGUGUACGCCGGAAGCCAGUGCAAGGCCUUUGUCACCAUUCUGGUCGUGAUCGGGACUUUCCUCAUGACCUGGGGCCCGUACGUUAGUGUGGUUUGUACAGAAGCUCUUUUUGGACAGGGGAGCGUCUCCCACGGGCUGGAGACUCUGGUGGCGUGGCUUUCCUUUUGCAGCGCCGUAUGUCACCCCUUCAUCUAUGGCCUGUGGAACAAGACAGUGAGGAAGGAGCUUCUGGGGAUGUGCUUUGGCGAUCGCUACUAUAGAGAGUCCUUCGCCACGCGACACAGGACCUCGCGCCUCUUCAGUAUCUCUAACAGGAUAACAGACUUGGGGAUGUCGCCCCACCUGACGGCCAUGUUGGCUGGGGGAGGGCAGCUGCUGGCCCCUGGGAGCAGCACAGGAGACACUGGCUUCAGUUUCACUCAGGAUUCGUGUACGGACGUGAUGCUGCUGGACAACUUUUCCACUGAUGGUUCCUCCCAUCAACAUUAUUCCUGCCAUUCGUCUGGGAAGAGGAGGAGCUCUGUCACCUUUGAAGACCAGCUAGAGCAUUCCAAAGCGGAUCACGCGGCAACAGUGCAAGUCCACGCCGAGGUGGACAAAUCCCUGGACAGCUUCGCUUCCGGGCUAGCCAAAGCCAUCGAGAGUGACGCCAAGCUCACCCUCUUUGGGGACAUUUUGACUGUUCCGGCUGCUCUCUUCACGGCCCGGGCGGCGCCCAGGCCAAGAUACCUGGACGGUCAGAGACUGCGGUUGGAGAGCAUAGACGAAGGCAUCGUCAAAGACGACAAUGACGAGCGAGACUCAGAGAUGAAGGCUGCCUGAGGGCAGCCGAUCUGCACGCAGUUUUCCAUGGCGAUUAUUCAGACUGAAUACUUGUAAUAAUUUUACAUGAAAGACAGAGAAGACUAUGUGCACAUUCUUCAUUAACAUAGGAAAAAGCUCAACCACUACAACCUUAUUUAUGCUUUUCCAAAGCACACCAGCUCAGUUUUUCUGUUUAGGCCAGUAAUGUAUCUAAGACUACAAUAAGUCAGGUAAGAAAAAAACAGCCAUGACAGCAAUCCAAAGUCAAGACCGUGGUGUCCAGAAAUCUGCUCAACCAAUGAGCAACCAGCAGUGGUUGGCGUCGCCCACCUUGAACAUCCACACGAGCUCAACUCACUGAGUACUCGCAAUAGCGCCAAGUUUUGUCAAUGGAAAAGUAUCCAAAACGUGGCGAGUUGAGCCAGGUCGGUACCGUGUGCCGAAAUAAUUGCGUCAGUUUACUUUUACUGUAGUCUCUUAAGUAUAAUUAAACAUCAUUCUUGGAGUCAAUAAAUCGCAGACAAUAGUUAAACUCCGUUGCUCUGAUUUCCCAGAAUUUUCACUACGGUAAAUAAUGUCAAAGUAUAAUGUCAAAUGAAUGACAGGCACAAAUAUCACCAUCGGUGUAAAAUAAUAUGCAUUGACCAAGUGUAUUAAAACUAUAUAUAUUUGAAGCGCAGUCUUCCAAACUACAAGUUUUAUGGAGUUCCCCUUUAUGUUCCACUGUGCAAGUGUGUGAGUGUGUGCGCACGUGUCUAGGGUUUUAAAUCUUGACACCAGACCCCUGAAUGGCACUUUGGGAGGAUGUUAUGAGGAAAAACAUUUGAAUAAGCACAUUGAUGGUGCUUCAGUCUUACCUCGUAUGUUGUAUUUUGCAUCAUACUUUUUUUUUUUCUAAGUAAAGUGAGAUGUAACCUUUGAUUUUUACCAUGUUGUGACUAAAACUUGUAUUGAGUUUUUAUAAAGUUUGGAAAGUGUG